AUGUUAAAAAGGUUAUCAUCUAUUCUGAGGAGUUCAAAAGACGGCGGACAAAAGAUGGGAAGUGGGUCAUCCAAAGGUGACACUAUACAACAAAAGAUUACAAAGACGCCACACAACAACUCGCAUCAAUCAUAUGACGAUGGAGAGAUCUUGAGUGGACACAGUAAAGAAUCUCGUUUCUACAAACCGAUCGAGUACAAGUCUGGCGAGACUGUCUAUGUAUCGUUACACGCCAAUUUUGACGAUCUACCAACCAGUCUCUUUGUAGGAGGCACCGAAAAGAUCCAACCAUUCGAUCUCGUCGAGAAUCCACAUCUCACAGCACUUAUAUUGGACUUUAACAGAAUCGCCGUCAUCCCAGACACUAUUACGCUCUUUCCCAACCUCAAAGAAUUAUCGUUGGGUUCCAAUCUCAUCCAAGUCGUACCCGAAUCUAUUUUGCAACUAAAGAACCUCGAAAUCUUUCAAAUCGGUCUCAACCCACUCAAAGAAUUCCCAAUCAUCCUAUGUCAACUGACAUCAUUAAAAUCACUUCAUCUUGAAACAAAUCAACUCAAAGUUGAUUCAAUACCAAAAGAUAUUGAAAAUUUAAUUAAUUUAAAGAAUUUAUCAUUGAUGGGUAAUUCAUUUAUAAAUGCACCAGAAUAUUUACCAAAUUUAUUGGAAACGUUAAAUCUAUCAUCAAAUGAUAUGACGAAUUGUAUUUUAUCAACUAGUAUUAUAAACUCGAUUGGUGAGACUUUGACAACUAUCAAUUUGUCAGAGAACCAAUUGACAGAGAUUGACCCGUCACUAGGUCACCUGGUCAACCUCAAAAACCUUGUACUCGGGUGCAACCACAUCAAGGCAAUCCCAGGUGACCUACUCAAAAAGUGGAAGUGCCUAGAAACUCUUACCAUCCCACACAAUGACCUCUCUGAACUACCACCCGAGAUUUUAGAAUGUAAAACACUCUCAGUCAUUGAUGUUCGUGGUAAUCGAUUUGCUCAUGUUCGUAGUAUGCCUAGAACAGUGUCAUCCUAUUCAACAUUUAAGCUACAAGAUUUCAUUGACAAGGUUCAAUUACAAUUAUAUCAUUUAACAAAUAUGACUACAAAUGAAUUAUUAGGUGUUGUUGAUAAUUCAACAAAUACAACAAAUUCAACUAAUACAACAACAACUACGACAACAACCUCAACAAUUAUAGAUACAGAGAAUAGUGAUAAUAAUAUAAUUAAUAUUAAUGAUAUUGAUAAUAAUAAUAAUAAUACUAAUAAUAAUAAUAAUAAUAAUAAUAAUAAUAAUAAUAAUGAAAACAACGAGAAUAAUGAUAAUAAUGAUAAUGAUAAUGAUACCACCGCCACUAAUAAUAAUAAUGAUAAUACCACCGCUACUACUACUCCAACUACUACUACCACCGCCGCCACCGCCACCCCCACCCCAACAACAACUACAACUACUAGUACAAAUAAUAAUAAUAAUAAUAAUAGUGAAAAUGAGAAAUCACCAAUUAUUGUUUGGCAAUCAAUUUAUCCAGAUUUAAUCAUUGAUGGACUUUAUCUUGGUUGUAGAGAAUGUUCAAUCCAUAAAUCAUGGUUAAAAGAUAAUAAUGUAACUCAUAUUCUAUCAGUUGCUAAUUUAAAACCACUUUAUCCAAAUAUAUUCACAUAUAAAGUAAUUGAUAUUGAAGAUGUAGAUUAUGCAAAUUUGGCAGAAUAUUUUGAAGAAUGUAUUCAAUUUAUUGAUGAAGCAAGAAAGGCUGGUGGAGGUGUAAUAGUACAUUGUAGAGCUGGUGUAUCUAGAUCUGCAACGAUCAUUAUCGCCUAUUUAAUGAAAAUACAGAAAUUAAAUUAUAAAGAUGCAUUUGGAUUUACUGCAACUCAAAGACCAAGAAUUUGUCCAAACAAUGGAUUCCGUAGACAAUUACAACAAUUUGAAAAAGAAUUGGGAUUUUCUCCAUCUUCUCAAGAAUAA